AUGCAAGCAUACUCGUACUGCACAAUCCUCUUUUUCCUUCUGGCGGUGCUAGUCGCCGCCCACGAUGAAAGUACCAUCCAAACACAGCACAUGCUACGUGCGCGUAAAAAUUUUGACGAGUGCGGCGGCGCCAAGGAGCUGCAAGUCCUUAAAAGGACGCUCAGCGACGCGCUCCCUAAGCUCCGUACGUCGCUCAAGUCUGUCAGCGAUGACGACCAGAAAAUCGAGCAUGCGGUAAGCAAUGUUCGCCGUCUGUUGGUCAAAGUCGAGGAUCUGUGCUAG